GCCGGAUCAAACCCUAAUAGAAUUUGUUUUUGUAAAUAGCGGGGACUCACACAUUUAUUUCCAACUAGUACAGGUCAAGCACCUCCGCUAUUCGCAGGAACAAAUUUUAUUUUACAUAAUUAUUAUUGGAGGGUCUUUUCAAACAAAGUAAACUAAUAUUUCCUUACAGUGGAUUUUCGCCAAACAACAACAAUAUUUUUUUGUCAGUAUACCGUGACGUUUAUUAUGAAAAAUUCGUUACGUAGCAACGUCGGAAAAAAUCUUAAAGUUCUUUCAACAAAUUACGAAGUUAAUUUUUUGUUGGAUGAACAUUCGACUGCAGCGCAUUUUCUCUGUCGAAAUAUUUGAUUUGUUUCUUGUGUGAUAGUUGGAUUAUUUUGCUGUGUGAAAGUUUGAAGGUGUUUCGAAACUGAACUAUGACAAUGGAUUCUCGUGAAGAUUUGUUGUACAGUGACUCGGGUAUUCAUGGCAAUAGUGCAAGUGAAGAUAUGGGCUCGUCGAGGUGUGAUCUUCCCGGACGAAAUAAGAGUGAGGACCGUUCCGAGGCGACUUUCUCAUUUGAACUUCACAACGCUUCGAAAAUUAAAGACACACAGUAUUCACCGCCUUGCUAUAUAAGAGGACUGCCAUGGAAAAUUAUGAUUAUACCUUCCCAUAACCGUACGCAAAUAGCUGGAAAGUCCUUGGGAUUUUUCCUGCAAUGUAACGCUGAGUGUGAGUCUAAAAAUUGGUCGUGCAUGGCUGUUGCGGAGUUGAGAUUGUUGUCGUUCAAUCCUGAUCAGGAACCACAUAAGCGUAAAAUCAAACAUUUAUUCAAUGUGAAAGAAAACGAUUGGGGCUUCUCAUAUUUUUUACCGUGGAGCGAAAUCGCCGAACCUGAGAAAGGAUAUCUGAAAAACGACUGCCUUAUAUUCGAAGUGCAUGUGAUAGCUGAAGCCCCGCAUGGUGUCCUCUGGGAUUCGAAGAAGCAUACUGGCUAUGUGGGCUUGAAAAACCAAGGGGCAACUUGCUAUAUGAACUCUUUACUACAAACUUUGUUUUUCACGAACCAAUUGCGAAAAGCUGUUUAUCAAAUGCCAACAGAAUAUGAUGAUGCUUCAAAAUCGGUUGCUUUGGCGCUUCAGCGUGUUUUCUAUGAAUUACAGUUUUCUUCUAGUCCAGUCGGUACAAAAAAACUGACGAAAAGUUUCGGUUGGGACACGAUUGACUCCUUCAUGCAACAUGACGUGCAGGAGUUCUUACGGGUUCUACUGGACAAGCUAGAAUGUAAAAUGAAAGGAACCAGUGUUGAAGGAACGGUGCCUAAGUUGUUUGAAGGAAAAAUGCUCUCCUAUAUCAAAUGCAAAAAUAUUGAAGUGACUAGUAAACGAACUGAAACAUUCUAUGACAUUCAGCUUAGCGUAAAAGGAAAUAAGAACAUCUACGAAUCCUUCAAAAACUACAUCGCACCGGAAACAUUAGACGGAGAUAACAAAUACGACGCAGGUGAAGAGUAUGGAUUGCAGGACGCUGAAAAAGGUGUUAUCUUCCUUUCAUUUCCGCCAGUCUUGCACCUUCACUUGAUGCGAUUUCAGUACGAUCCUGUAACGGAUUGUUCAGUGAAAUUUAAUGAUCGAUUUGAAUUCGAUGACGAACUAUUCCUGGAUUCCUAUCUAGCAGAGCGGGAAGAGACGGACGCAGCUUACCGACUGCAUGCAGUUCUUGUCCACUCGGGAGACAACCACAAUGGCCACUAUGUUGUCUACAUUAAUCCUCUGUUGGACGGCAAGUGGUGUAAGUUCGAUGAUGAUGUGGUCUCUUGUUGUACGAAAACCGAAGCCAUUGAACACAAUUACGGAGGGUCUGAUGACGAAAUAAGCCUAAACGAUAAGCAAAACAGCAAUGCUUACAUGUUGGUGUACAUUCGAGUCUCAGAAAUACCGAAAGUGUUGGAGACGAUAAUCGAAACCGAUAUCCCUUCAGAACUGAUCGAACGUUUAGACGAAGAACGAAGGAUUGAGAUGAUAAGAAAGGCUGAGCGCACGGAUCAGACCAUGUACUUCACAAUUCAGAUUGUUUUGGAGGAUUCCUUCGAAGGUCAUUCUGCUGCUGGCUACUUCGACCCAGAUAAUGUUCAAUAUAAAACCUUUCGAGCCAAGAAAACGGAUACGGUGGGGUCUCUUCUCGGAACUAUAUGCGAUUCCUUCAGAGUACCAUUGGCAAAGAUGCGAAUUUGGCCACUGGUUCAACGACGUCAGUCGAUGAGGAUGAUUUAUUUCGACUUCAACAACGAGAUGGAUUCAGCCCUGUCCCAUAUAAUCGAUACAACUUCAACAUGGACUAUUUUUUUGGAAGUUUUAGAUGCCGAUGUUGUCCAGACCAUCGAUCAAUUUGAUCCUCGUCACGAUAUUUUGAUAUUCAUGAAAUAUUUUGAUCCUGCCCAGAACCGUUUGAAUUAUAUCGGUUACUCGCAAUACUGCUUGGAUACCAGACUCUCUGAUUUGGCCAAUGAAGUUCGCUUCAAGCUAGGAUUGUCGGAUAGAAUCGAGCUGAAUAUUUACGAAGAAUUGGGUCCGAAUAGUAUCAAUAAAUUGACGAACGCCAAUGAUUCGAUUGAGUAUAGUUUGAACGUGUCGGGUUGCGAUAUUCAGGGGUAUAUUCUGAUUUUCGAGAAAAAGAUUGUCGAUGAUAAGUUGACGUUACCGACCUGUGAUGACUAUUUUUUGGACCUGCUGUAUAAGGUUGAGGUAACGUUUGUUGAUAAGAACAAUCCAAAUGAUGCUGGGUUUCCGCUGGAGUUAUCGCAGAGGCAUACCUACGAGCAAAUGGCUUCUGCAGUGGCUAAGAAAAUCGAUGCUGAUCCAAAUAAGAUCCAGUUCUUCAAAUGCCAAAGCUACAAGGACUUGCCUGGUAACCCAUUGAGUUGUUCUUACGACGGUAACCUGAAGGAUUUGCUUGCGUAUAAUAAACCGAAAAGUAGUAAGAAACUGUUCUAUCAGAAAAUUCAGAUGAACAUCAAUGACUUAGAGAGUAAGCGGCAGUUUAAGUGCAACGUGGUCUCGCCAGACUAUCGAGAGGAGAAGGAGUUGAUUUUAUACGUAGAUAAAAAUGAUACUGUGGCCGAUCUUAUCGAGGAAGCCAGCAAGCAUGUCGAGUUCAGUGAAAACAGCACGAGGCGAUUAAGGCUAGUCGAAAUUGUAAAUUUCAAACUUUUACCCAUUCCGAAUGAGAACCUACCCUUAGAGAAUUUGCAGUACAACAACGAAACAAAUUACAUCCAUCACCGAUCAUUACGCAUUGAAGAAGUGGCACCCGAGGAGCUGGAAAUUAGGGAAGAUGAAAUGCUAAUACCAGUCUCUCAUUUUUGGAAAGAAAUCUAUAAUUCUUUUGGUAUUCCAUUCUUCAUCAAAGCGAAGAAUGGAGAAAUACUUGGUGACUUACAAGCACGAAUGCAGAAAAAAUUAAAUGUUCCGCAAAAGGAAUGGGAGAAGUACAAAUUUAUCCUAAUUACGAACUCACGAGCUGAUUAUAUAUCUGAUGACCACAUUAUCAAUUUGAAUGACUUCCGUGUUGAUGAGAAUCAUGUCGAUGGUCCUUUGCCAUACAUUGGCCUUGAACAUGUUAAUAAGUCGCAUAAACGAUCGCAUAAUUCUUGUCUAGAGAAAUCUAUUAAGAUUUACAAUUAACAAUAUUUUUACUCUAAUAAAAUGGUACCGAUUGAAA